GCAUAAAAAAAAGUAGAUAGUGAAGGAACAGUGGAUGCAGACUAGUGUGUGUGGUGACCAUGACUUGUACUUGUAAACACAACUUUUGGCGGUAAAAGUGUGUGUCUGUGAAGGAGGUUGGUUGACUAACCCUCUUCCGAGAACACUCGUGAAGAUGGAGUUUGGAGGCAGAAGAGCACUCCGGAGGAAGCGCCUUGAGAUUGAAGCUUCCUAUCCAUGUGGGCUCCAGUUUUAUGCCACACCUCCCACAGGAAAUGUUUCCCUCGUUGAAUUUGAUGAAAUGGCCUUUGAAAGACUUAAAAUUCUGAGAGCUGUAGAACGUUUGAAUCUCAGCGGCCAUGUAAAGAACUCAGAGGAAUGGAUUGCCAAACUCUAUGAAGAAUUUGCAAAGAACAAGUUUUUCAUCAUCCUGGCUGAAAAGAAUACCAAAAGUAAAACUGAUGAAGUUCAGAAGGCACGAAGACAGGACCACGUGUCGCAUUUUAUCCUGCGGCUGGCCUACUGUCGCACAGAGGAGCUGCGGCGCUGGUUUAUCGCCCAUGAGACAGACCUGUUCAAGGCACGCUUCCUCCAGGCCUCCAGGAACGGCUCAGACAUCAGGAACUUCUUGAUCACCAACAAUCUCCAUUACACAUCUAUAACAGCCGAGGAGAAGCAGAGUGAGCGGGAGAACUUGGUGGCCAGCAGCAUGAACAUCAGUGGAGACACCAUGGAAGGAAUGACAUUCUAUAAGGUCCCAUUCCUCGACACACUGGAGCUGGUGAGGCAGAGGAAGGUGUUCCUGAAGCAAGGGUAUGCGUAUGUCCCAGAGACUGACCUGGCCAGUCUCGUCACCAGUUCCUUCAGGAGCAAGCUGUCCCAUGAUAUGGCUACCACAUACAGAGCGCUGCCUGAGCUGGACAGUGACGAGCGACUGGUGAGGCUCCUGCACAACUUUGACAAGCGUUACACUGGCAAGGACUACUCCUCCAAGAAGCCCGAGGACAUGUGCCGCAUCACCCCAGACAUGAUCGACAACCUGGCCAACAAGUCCUUCCCGCCGUGCAUGCGUCACCUGAACGACACACUGCGCACCACCCACCACCUCAAGUACAAUGGCCGCCUCGUAUAUGGUCUGUUCCUCAAGGCUGCCGGCCUCAACCUGGAGGACGCUCUCUUCUUCUGGAGGUCACACUUUCUUCAGAACAUGGAUGUUGACACAUUUGAUAAGCGGUAUUCUUACGGCAUUCGGUACAACUAUGGUAAGGAGGGCAAGAAGACUGAUUUCUCCCCCUAUGGUUGCCUAAAGAUCAUCAUGAGCAACGUUGCACCUGGUGAUUCCCACGGUUGUCCCUUCAAGCACACUGAUGCCAUCAUUCUGCGGCAGCGUCUGGCAGCCUACAAAGUGUCUAAUCAAACUAUUGAAGAAAUUAUGGAGCUGGUGAACAAGCGGCACUACCAGAUAGCAUGCCAACGUUACUGGGAGGCCAUUCACGGAGUCCCCAUCGAUGCCGGCAUCAACCAUCCCAACCAGUUCUUUGAGGAGAGCCAUAAGUUCCUGAAUGGAGGUGUGCAGCCCAGCCAAGGAAAGAAGCAGCCGGAGGUGAAGACCACUCCCUCAGUUAUGUACUCGUCCCAGGCCUCCACUCAGUCCUCACAGUCAUCAGUCACCGACACCAAGACUGUCUUAGAGGAGAUUGCCAUGUGCUUUGAUGACGACAUUGAGACAGCCAUGUUGGAGUAGUGUAUGGAAUAAUCAGGGAACUCUAGGAGAAAAUUGCCUUGAGGAUUUUUGCUUUAUAGAGUAUUUUGUGUAUUGAUAUGAUAAUUGAACAUUAUAUUUGUAUGCUUUGAUACAUAAAUUAUAUACUAACUGA